UUGGUCAACCAUGGAUCCAGCUUAUCUUAUUACUUUAUUUUGUUCCGAGCUUACAAAUUGAUAGCCACGGAUCUUCUUUCCUUUUGCAUUUACUUGCAUCUUUCUUUAUACACCUCUUCUUUUUCCAAGCAUCAGCUGCAAAUAGUUGACUGAUACAGAUGCUGAACAUCUUUCAUUUUCUUUAUUUUCCACGCAGUUCUGAAAUUGUGAGCAUUCAUAUAGAGUCCAGACCAAAAUGAAGCCUUCCCGUGCGUUUGGAUUUUCAGCCGUUGGAUUGGCUGUCCAAAACGAUCCAGACCGUCGGAUGUUCAGACGGAGCAAUCUGGGUCGUCGGAUCGAAUUGUGCGUCCUCUGGUGUGCCACCGCCUGUUAUUUCGGUGCCCUCCAAUGGGCAUUUUGGUCUUUUCACGUGUACAGCCCUGCUCCCAUUCCUCCCUCGCAGGAAACCUAGCCGCCGCCCUCUUCCACUCGUCCUCCUCCCAUCACGCCGCGCUCGCACUUCCCCUGCCGCACAACCGCCGCCGCGCAGCCACCACUCCCCCUCAAGGUCACGCCCCUCCCCUCCCCCUCCUACCCUCUCCUCCUCGCUGUUUUCUCCUGCCUCUCUCCUCUUUGUUGUUGUCUGCCCAAGAUGCGGUCACCCCGCCCGCUUCUCCCUCCCCUCCACACCCCACCCGCGCCCCGUGUCUCUCUCGUCGGAGCGGCUGGCAGAAGGCGGAGAGGACGACCGCCACCCACCACCACCGCCACCGGCGCCGCGGCAGGCGCCCACCGCAUUCCCCACGUCGCCGUUGCCGCCGCAGUCCGAUCCGAGGCAGGAGGCGGAGAGGACGACCGCCACCCACCACCACCAUCACCGGUGCCGCGGCAGGCACCCACCACGUUCCCCACACUGCCGUCGCUGCCGCAGUCCGGUCCGAUCCGAUCCAACCCGACCCACCGACUGACAGGCCGUCUUGGCCACGCUGGUGCUCCUUCUCCUUCAACCUACUGCUGCUGAUCCCUGCCUCGCUGCUCCUCCUUCUCCUCUCAACGCUGCUGCUGCUCAUCGGCUUACAACUGCUGCCUCUUCUCUCCUCCGUUCCCUAGUGCUUCUCCUUCUCUGAACUUGAACCCUUGCUGCUCUGUCUCUGAAUCUCCCUUUGCUGCUACUCUGCUUUCCUUGCUGCUCCUCCUCCUCAAUGCCCCCUGCUGCCUCUGUUUCUUCUCUGAACCUGAACCCUUGCUCUCUCUCUCUCUCUGAAAUUUCUAGAAGCUGAGAUGUGUAAAACUUUGUAAUGUUCAGAUUCUAAGAGUGCUUGUAACCUGCUAUAUGUUUAGUUGGUUCGCCGUGUGCUUCCGCAUUGCAUUGGUGCCGCUCGAACCCUGCUUGUGUCUGGACGCAUGCACGUCUGGGUCAUCGUGGGUACCGCGAACGACCGGGUCGUGUCGCAGCUCGAUUUCGAUUCUGCUUUGGCGAUCGCCAUGGGAAAAACUCCCAAAAUGAUUCGAUUCACCAACCCGGGUUUGACCAAAAUGUAGCUUGACCUGCCAGGUUUGGGGGAAAACUCGCACUCUGAUUUCGUCAAUUCUGAAUCCAUACCAUUGAUCGGCUGUGACAUUGUGAGAACUUGAGUCAUGGGGUGUUUGUAAGUGAUCGAUGCUAGCGCGCUCCAAUGGCAUUGUUGUGUGGUGUUUGUAAGGGGCCGAUGCUAGGGAUUUCUAUAGUGCGUUGCAAUGGCACUAAUUAACAUGUGCAUUGUCAAUUCUGCCCGUAGUAGUAGAGGAUGGGUGUGCUAUCGCGGAAGGUCCUGCCGACUUGCGGGGCCCUGUGCUACUUCUACCCUGGGCUCAGGGCACGGUCCAGGCAACCCGUUAAGCGGUACAAGAAGAUCCUUGCCGAAAUCUUCCCCAGAACACAGGACGAAGAACCAAAUGAUAGGAGGAUCGGGAAGCUGUGCGAGUACGCCGCCAAGAACCCUCUUAGAGUGCCCAAGAUCACAGUUUACUUGGAGCAAAGGAUUUACAAGGAAUUAAGAGCCGAGCAGUAUGGUUUUGCAAAAGUGGUGAUGCUGAUACACCGCGGACUGCUGGUGUCUUGCAAAGGACAAAUAGCACACUGUUCUGCGCUCCGAGCAAGCGCCACUGAUGCUACAAUAUAUCAAAGUUCUGAAAUUGUGAGCAUUCAUAUACAGUCUUUGGAUCAAACAACAAAGGCAGCACACAUAAUUACAAGCACAUUUUGGAGUCCUGUCAAAUAUUUCUGCAGGGGCUGGUUCCCAAGGGGCAGGAUUGCAGUCCUUCAGAUCUGCUGGGAAGAAGGUGGAUGCUUCAUGUUGGUGAAUAUAAUGGACUAUGUAUGGUGAAUUUGGUAGCUUUCGGAAUGGGCCUUACUCUCUGGUUUUUCCUUCCACGACAACAUGGUGUACGAGUCGGCAUGAGCUGUGUAAGGUACUGAUGAUCUCUGAUGUGAGAUACUCAUGUGAUUAUAAUGUCGCUGCCUCCCUUUGCAAGCAUACCAAUGUGCGUUGAUCAACUGGAAGUCAAGGUUCUGGUCAAUUGAUUUAUAUCUCGAAUUUCCUUCUAUUUUCCUUCGUGCUCAUCUAUCCCGCGAGUUAUUGUACAUGCACCCCCAUUAUUAUGCUAAAGGAAAAACAUGUGAAUGAUUUUGUAAGAGUUCGGAGUACUAUGAGCAUUUCUAAAGAUUCACACCACAUCGACUUCUGGAGCAGGCAUUCACCUUAAUGCAGGGGACAUAUGGUCGGUAACAAUCUUCUCAUGUUUAAUUAGCCUUUGUUGCUCCAUUUUAAAUAUCGUCCUGCAUGGAAGUGUUUUGUUCCUUUCUUCUUGCUGAGUACUUCAUGGCCUGGUUGUGUUUGACCCCUUUGUGGUGCUGACUGGUGUGCCGUCCCGGUCAGAGCCAACAUGAAGAGAGAGGUGGGGAGGACUUGUGUAUAUGAUUAGGGGGUCAUGGAUUUGUGUAGCUAGCUACCAUGGCUAAUCUUGUGUCUGAUGCACAUAUUUAUUUUUAUGGUUUGCUUCCUGGUGUUCUAAUUUGAGAUUUCCUGCCUUACUUUUGGCAGUACCUCCAUCAAAACUAGGAAGACAUUUUUUGGUGUUCUAAUUUGAGAUUUCCUGCCUUACUUUUGGCAGUACCUCCAUCAAAACUAGGAAGACAUUUUUUAGUAAUGUUGUGCUUCUUGUACCAUACUUGUGGUUAUAUUUUUUUGGAUUGCAAAAUUUUAUUUGUUUCCAUUCUAGGUUCACUCAUCUCUUUAGAAUUCUAUCAACAGAUUUUUCAGAGAACACCUCGACGAGCAAGAUCUUCAGACAGAGCUAUCCAAUACACUACUAUCGCCAUAUGACAUAGAAAAAUUAUAUAUAUCGGUUCUCUUAGGCUACCGUUAGGACUUGCUUUUGGUAUAUCAUGUGACAUUUUCUAUGACAUCCUCAAAGUGAUGUAAUUAACCAAACCAUUGUUGUUAUUAGUGCUUAGUUCCUCCUAUAUCUUUCUUUGAGAAAUUCAAACAAUGGAAUCAGUCGUCUAUAUUUCCUUCCAUCUGUGGAAUACAUAUUGUAUAACCAGUAAUGGACUAGGUGGGUGCUGCCAUCGUGCUUUGCUAUUUGUGUAAUAGCCUGAAUAAAAAAUGAAUCAUGUUCUACCAAGUUGGAUAUAA